AGUAGAACGUUUCGGGCGUUGGUAAUCAACAACUUUAUAAAGUUAAUUUACUUCGGGUUUCUUGUUCGUGAGGCUGCAGCCAUAUUCAACUACUUACAAAAAAACGUAGCGAUCUACUUCUACAAAAAUGGCUAACCGACCGAAAGGAUUUGGAAUGACAGCUGAACUUGCAAAUAAACGAGCUGCAAGGUUUGAUCCUGAUUUGGCGUCGGAGGCUGCAAAUUGGAUCGCAGAUGUGUUAUCCACUGGAAAUGAUGAACAACAAGAAUUAGCUUCUAAAAUUGGUACAGCCAACGACCCUAAGCAGUUUGUAGCACCCUUGAAAAACGGGGUUAUUUUGUGCCAUCUGAUAAAUAUUAUUAAACCUGGAAGCGUGAAGAAAAUCAACCAAAACAACAUGGCUUUCAAACAAAUGGAGAACAUUGGUAAUUUCUUAUCUUCUUGUGAAAGUGUAGGAUGCAAUAAAGUUGAUUUAUUUCAAACUGUCGAUUUAUACGAAAGCACAAACGUACCUCAAGUUAUUAACGGUAUUUUUGCACUCGGAAGAAAAGCACAAAAAAUUGGAUUUGACGGUCCACGACUCGGACCCGAAGAGGCGUCGGAAAAUAAACGAGAAUUUACCGAAGAACAAUUAAGAGCAGGCGAAGGAGUGAUUGGAUUACAGGCUGGAUCAAACAAAGGUGCUUCUCAAGCUGGACAGAAUUUUGGAAAAACAAGAGCUAUCAUUGAUUAAUCUUUUAUUUUACGCUCUCUGUAUUUUUUUAUCGUUGCCAAAGUUUGCGUCAAAAUUUUUGGCUAGACAGUUAUUUAUUCCAAUUUUUAUUAUCAACAAGAAAAAAUGGUUUUCAUUUUUUACCUGUAAGUAGAAAAUAUAAAUAUUGAAAAAAAAAGUUUCGCGUGAA